CUCCUCCUCUGCAAGCUGUUUGCUUAAUUCUCGUGGGGGUGAUUCCCUGUUACUAACGUAAUAAAGCUCCUGGAUGCAAUCCACGGCACAAUGCAUGGAUCAUUUUCAUCGGACAGACCCACUACUACUUUCUCCUCCCCUCUCGCACUGUGUCAUUACCAGCCAACUGCUGCCUGUCUGAGCUGCCUGUCGGCGUGUAACCAGCAUCCCAUGAUGGUGGCAUUCAAAGGAAUCUGGAAUAAGGACUUCUGGAGGGCUGUUUCAGCUGAGUACCUAGCCACCAUGAUCUUCGUCCUCCUCAGCCUGGGCUCCACCAUCAAUUGGGCGGCCGAGUCAGACAACCCUCCCCCUGCAGACCUGGUCCUCAUCUCAUUUUGCUUCGGGCUGGCCAUUGCCACAAUGGUGCAGUGCUUUGGUCACAUCAGCGGUAGCCACAUCAACCCAGCAGUCACCGCAGCCAUGGUGGUGACCCGGAAGUUGAGCCUGGCCAAGGGUGUGUUCUACCUAGCUGCCCAGUGCCUGGGAGCAAUCACUGGGGCAGGGCUCCUCUACCUGGUGACACCAGUGUCUGUCAGAGGGGGCCUGGGAGUGACUAUGGUGAAUCCCAAGCUCAACGUGGGCUGCGGCCUGUUGGUGGAGCUCCUGAUCACCUUCGAGCUGGUCUUCACGGUGUUCGCCACCUGUGACCCCAAACGCUCUGACGUUAACGGCUCGGCUGGCCUCGCCAUCGGAUUCGCUGUAGCCAUCGGUCAUCUGUUCGCAAUUCCAUACACAGGAGCCAGUAUGAACCCCGCUCGCUCCUUUGGGCCUGCAGUCGUCACCAUGAACUUUGAGAACCACUGGGUGUACUGGGUUGGUCCAAUCCUGGGUGGAAUCAUGGCAGCUGCCGUCUAUGAAUAUCUGUUCUGCCCUGACCCUGAGCUGAAGAAGAUGCUCCGUGAAGUCUUCCAGAAGGAUCCAGCUUCGGGGAAGUACAGGGAGGUGGAGGGCGGUAUGUACCAGGGUGAACCAGACGACCUGAUCAUCAAGCCAGGCUCCAUCCACCACAUCGACCUGGAGAAGGGGGAGAAGAAGGAUCCUUUCCUGGACUCGACGGGCGAGGUGCUGUCCUCUGUAUGACUACCACGGGCACUGGAGAGGGAGACCAACCUGUAGAGCAGGGGGAGAUCCAGAGAGAGACACUUUGAUUCUGGGUCCUCCACCCCUGUACCCAUACCAUAAGCCCCGUACCCCCAAACCCCAUGUCCCCAUACCUAAACCCACACAGACUCACUUCUCAGGCAGAAUAGGAUUGGUGCAUUUCCUCGCAAUGCAGGUGUAUUAUUGUAUAUGGUGGUGAGCUUUCCUCAACAUUUGUGAAGUAACUGGAUAAUAUACACUACCGUUCAAAAGUUUGGGGUCAUUUAGAAAUGUCCUUGUUUUUGAAAAGGCAAACACAUUUUUUGUCCAUUAAAAUAACAUCAAAUUGAUCAAAAAUACAGUGUAGACAUUGUUAAUGUUGUAAAUGACUAUUGUAGCUGGAAACGGCAGAUUUUUUACGGAAUAUCUACAUAACCGUACAGAGGCCAAUUAUCAGCAACCAUCCCUCCUGUGUUCCAAUGGCACGUUGUGUUAGCCAAUCCAAGUUUAUUUUGUUUACAACAUUAACAAUGUCUACACUGUGUUUCUGAUCAAUUUGAUGUUAUUUUAAUGGACAAAAAAAUGUGCUUUUCUUUCAAAAACAAGGACAUUUCUAAGUGACCCCAAACAUUUGAACGGUAGUGAAACUUUGCACGCUGCUCACCCUAACCAAUUACCCAUCAUGUGAAAUCUGUCCCAGCUCUGUUUGCUUGUGGCACUUUGCCGCACUGCAGAGUGAUAACAAAAGACUACAUUUCUGUCAGGGAAAAAUGUCCAGGUCAACCAAUUACAUGGGGUCAUGACACUGAAUUGGUAAACCAGAGAGGAAACAUCAAGCUUAUUAUUUUUGGAUUAGUGUCACAUAUUGAAUAUGAAUAUGAUGGCAUAAGAGAUCUUAACUACAUAUGGUCGUUAAGCACAUUAUAGAACUCAUGUUGUGAAGGAAAAGUUCUACCGAACAUUUACAAUCUUCAGCCCUCUCCUAUAUUGUUAGUAUGUAUUUUCCAUUUUCAGCGCACAUUGGUCAGGGAAAAAACGAUUAAACUUUACAUGUUUAUUUCUUUGUAGAAACAUAUGUCUUAAAACAGAUUUUAAUUGCCAAGCAACAGAUAAAAGACAAACAAUCAGAUAUCAGUUAUAGACAUAGAUUUUCAUAACCAUAAGCAGAAAAUAGAAUCAGUUCUUUUGAUACAUUUGGAAUGAUUGCAUUAUUAUUAUUGAAUGUAUUUUCAUACUGAAAUGAUUCUUGUACUUACUUAUGAAGUGGUCUGCCUGCUUUACAUUGCUUGGUCUUGAAAACCAAGGACCCAUGAGGGAAAUGCUUGCCUCCAUACCAACCACUCUGGAUUUGAGUAUUGCAUAGAUUUUAAUGCUAUUUGAAUACUUGAAAACUGUACCUUGCUGCAGUUUCUGUGUUGAUUUUGAUUUUCAUGAAAUAAAUUGUGAUUUCCACA